UCCUUGUCCUCGGGUUGGGCGUUUUGCAGCUUGCGGGGGUUUUGGUGCCUGACUCUGCCCCGCCGCUCUGGAUUGAGUGGCGCCCCUUUCAAAUCCGAAACGCGCACCGGCGGAUGGAGGAGCUGAAAAAGAGGCGCGCUUCAUUCAGCUCCUUUCUCCAACACAAAGAAAUCCAGGAAGAUGUCAGCUUUGCCUAGAAAAGCUAGAGCAGCAAAGCCAGCCAUAUCAGAAGAUGAACUGCCUUCCUUUCUUAAAUCAUCAUCAUCAUCAGAAGAGGAGGGGGAGUUGUCUGAAGAGGAAUGGGAGCCCAAAAAGAAAGCUACAAAUAAGGCCAAGGUCCCCAAAAUACAAGAACCUAAAGAGAAAAAGCCGGCUGUAAAUCGGAAGAAAACUACUGUCCCCAAAAUAAAAGAACCUAAAGAGAAAAAGCCAACUGUAAAUCAGAAGAAAACUAGUGUGGUUCGUAAAAGGACAAAGAAGGUAGUUGUUAAAGAGGAGCCAGACACAUCUUUACCUGUUCCAGUUUCUGGAGGGAAUGAAGGAGAAGCGCAACUUAAGGAAGAGACAAAUCUGAAAAGUCCUGCUGAAAAACCCGCAGUAUUUCCAAUGAAGAAUCUCAGUUUAGGGCAGCCUGUUUGUGGCCUGGACCAUGCUGAAGAACCCUCCACAAGUGCUGUAUCUAAACAGAAAGCGAAGGUGGAAGAGUCUGAAGAAGACUAUGCAUUUGAUGAACCUCCUUUAAAAAAAGUGAAAUCAUCCACGCAUCCUCAAGGAAAUCCUGUAAAAUAUGCUGUGCGUUCUGCAGAGAAAGAGGACCAAAAAAUGAAUUGGAAUAUAGUGCAGGUCUUGUCACAAAGGACUGGUAUUGAAGAAUGGGUGUGUGCAAACAUAAUCCAGCUUUUCAAAGAUGACAAUACUAUUCCUUUUAUUGCCCGGUACCGAAAAGAGCUCAUCAACAAUCUGGAAGCUGACGCAUUGCGAGAGGUGCAGCAAACGUUAGAGGAACUACAAGCUGUUGUCAAAAAGGUCCGUGGCUCAAUACAGAAACUUAAGAAGGAAGGAAAGCUAUCAGAAGACCUCUUAAUUGCUUUGUUAAACUGCAGAACUAUGGAGGAGCUGGAUCACGUUUAUGGUCCAUAUAAAACUGGAAGUAAAGGCACCAAAGCUCAGAGGGCCAGACAGUUGGGAUUAGAACCUGCAGCCAACCUGCUUCUUGGAAAUCCUCGACAACUCAACCUGUUUUCUUAUGUCAAGUCCAAUGUGGAAGGGCUCUCAACUAUUGAGGAAGUAAAAUCUGGAGUUCAGCACAUCUUGGCUGAUAUGGUUGCAAAAGAUAAAGACACGCUGGAUUUCAUCAGGACCUUAUGUCAAAAAAGAUAUGUUUGUAUUCAGUCAUCUUUGUCAAAAGUGACAUCCCAAAAAGCCAGUGAAAAAGACAUCAACAAAUUUCACCUAUACCAGAACUUUUCUUGCAAUAUAAAGAACAUCCAACAUCACCAGGUGCUAGCCAUUAACAGAGGGGAGAAUUUGAAAAUCCUGACAGUGAAGAUCAACGUCCCUGAUGGGGUGAAGAACGAAUUCUGUAGAUGGUGUGUAAACAACAGAUGGAGACCAAAGGCCUUUGCAAACCCAGAAUUAAUGGAGUUGUUGCGCUACUCAGUGGAAGACUCAUACAAACGCCUUAUUUAUCCUCUUCUUUGUAGAGAAUUCAGGUCAAAAUUAAAUGCAGAUGCAGAGAAGGAAUCUGUGACGAUGUUUGGAAGGAACCUCCGCCAGUUGCUUCUGAUGAACCCUGUGAGAGGGCGAACCUUGAUGGGAGUUGACCCUGGCUACUCACAUGGUUGCAAAUUGGCAAUAAUUUCACCGCUGAGUCACAUACUCCACACGGAUGUUGUUUACUUACAUUCUGGUAAAGAAUUCCAUGAAGCCGAGAAGAUAAGGAGACUUCUCUUGAAGUACAACUGUGACACUGUUGUGAUUGGCAAUGGGACAGCUUGCAGGGAGACGGAAGCCUACUUUGCUGACUUAAUUGUGAAGAAAUUCUUUGCACCCUUAGAUGUCACUUACUGCAUUACCAACGAAGCAGGAGCCUCUAUAUACAGUGUGAGUCCCGAAGCUUGUAAAGAGAUGCCUGAUUUAGACCCUAACCUACGAAGUGCAGUUUCCAUAGCUCGACGUGUACAGGACCCAUUAGCUGAGCUAGUGAAAAUUGAGCCCAAACACAUUGGCGUUGGAAUGUACCAGCAUGAUGUAUCACAGACUUUGCUCAAAGCAUUCCUGGACAAUGUGGUGGAAGAAUGUGUCAGCUUUGUAGGAGUUGAUAUUAACAACUGUUCAGAAAUUUUAUUAAGACACAUUGCAGGACUGAAUGCCACUAGAGCUAAAAAUAUAAUUGAAUGGCGGGAGAAGAAUGGACCAUUUAUUAAUCGGGAGCAGCUCAGGGAUGUCAAAGGACUGGGGCCAAAGACCUUUCAGCAGUGUGCAGGCUUCAUAAGGAUUAACCAGGAAUACAUUGGAACUUUUUGCAGUCAACAGGGAGAACUUGUGGCUGGAGGUCAUAAAGCAGUUACAAGUAAAAAACCAGGGAAGAAGAAAAGUAAAGUAGAAGCCAACAUUGUUCGAGAGCCAAAUCCUUUGGAUGAAACGUGCAUUCAUCCAGAAUCAUAUCAUAUUGCACAGAGGUUUUUAAAUCUCAUUGGAGGAAACACCAAUGAGAUAGGAAAGUCAGAAAUGCAGCAAAAAGUGAAUGCCGUUAUUGAAAGAGAAGGGCUAGAAGGACUAGCAAAAAGUCUGAAUACUGCAGGACACACAGUGCAAAUAAUCAUUGAUGGACUGACUCAGCCUAAAGCGUAUGACAUCCGGAAAGACUUUGAGAAACCAGAUUUCAAGAGGAGCAUCGUCUGCCUUGAAGACUUAUGCACUGGAACUGUUUUGACAGGAAGAGUUGAGAAUGCUACUCUCUUUGGAGUUUUUGUUGACAUUGGAGUUGGUCGGGCAGGACUGAUUCCAAUUCGUAGCAUAACAGAAGACAAGCUUUCAAAAGUAAAGAAGAGAAAGAGCCUCAGUUUGGGCCCAGGUGAAAAAGUGGAAGUCACAGUGCGUGAAAUUGACAUCCCACGAUCCAGAAUAACGUUGGACCUCAUACGUGUUUUAUGAGCUGUUUGUUAGUAGGCUUGAUUAACAAUUUACAUGUUCUCCAUGAGCAGAAUGCUGCUAUAAUGUUAACCCCAGUUUAAAGAUCUGGCAGCCACUGCACCUGCAGAAGUGUGCUAUCCGCUAACAAAAUUAUGUGGAUGCUCCAAUUGUGUGAACAAUUGAGGAAUAGGUGAGAGUUAUUCUUGUGGUCACUGUGAUAUGUGCAGCUGUAUUAGCUGUUGUCCAAACUCCUAUGAUUGACACCCAUCAAUUCAAAAAUCACAAUUCUCAGUGAAGGUUGUUUAAGAAAUUUGUAAUAUGUGGCUCUGAGAAAAGGACUUAGUUACAUACUUUUCCAUGUAUGAAUUUUUUCCCCUGUUUCUUGAGUUUUAGGUUUUUUCCUAAUUUAUAUAAAUUUACGAGACAGAUGUUUUCAUAAAUGAUAAAACAUUGAUCAUAGGUUUGUUUUAAAAACAUUUUAUUAAAAAGAGAUAAAUUUU